AUGCUCUCCUUCAUUGUAAAUGCAGUCAUCGCUGCAGCCCUUUUCAACAACAUCCACAACAGCUUCAGGAACACCUCAAAGCCAUGGAGAAAAUUCUACAAACAUUACUUUGUCGUAAUUGCUACUCUUUUGGUUGUUGACAAUACCUUCUCAUUUGUUCUGUACAGAAUUCCCUACUACCAAAUAUUCAAGCUUCUGAUGCUAGGAUGGAUGAGCGUUCCGUUGGGCACAGGACCCCAUUUUAUGUACAAUGUGUACAUAAAGAAUAUUCACAAGCUGUUUGAGGGUGAUAUCGACUCUGUUAUUAAUAAUUUAAGGGGUUACUGUGAUCACGUCAAGAACAAAUACUAUGAAAUGGUAAACUCCUCUAAGAAAGGACAGAUUGAGAUAGGAUUUAGUAAUGACUCAAAGCUUGAGCUUCCAAAAAAGCAAGAGUGUGAAAGUUCUGAGGUAGAUGUUUCCAGCGUUGCUCUUUCAGAUACAGAGAAGAACAGUGAUGAAGAGGCUAAGGUUGAAGAGAAGCAAGAUUAA